AUGAGGGAGACGGGGGUGGGGUAUGUGCAGUGGGGCUUGAGUGUGAGCGGAAUGUGGCUGGAGUUGGCGUUGGGAGUAGAGGGAGUGGGGCUGGAAUCCUGGUGUGCCCUGCCCGCAGGAGCAGGCUCCCCUCCCCUCUGCAGCCCGUUCCCCUUGGCUCUGACGGCUCCGCUGUGCUCUGCUGCAGCCCAGGCCGUGCCCGGGGCGCUGCUCCCGGUGGGCGCCGUGGGUGCAGGCGAGGCGGCCGUGCCCAGCCCCCAGCUGAGGCAGGACGAGCAUCUGGAGCUGCUGGAGCGCCUGGACUUCGUGCUGAGGAACGUGGUGGAGCUGAGGAAGGAGGUGGAGGAGCUGAGGAACAGCCUCCAGCACCUGGCAGCGGAGAUUGUGGGGGAAGUCAGGAACCACCUGGAAGAAACCCAGCGCGUGGCUCGCCGGAGGAAGCUCCCCUUCUUCAGGGAGAGAAGUGACUCCACAGGCUCCAGCUCCAUUUAUUUCACAGCCAGCUCAGGGAACACCAACACAGAUGAUGGAGAGAGUGAAGGGGGUUACACCACGGCCAACGCCGAGUCCGAUUACGACCGGGAGUCGGAGCGGGAGAGCGAGGACGAAGCGAGCUGUGACACAGUGAGAACUGUGCGCAGGGAUUCCCUGGAUCUGGUCCCCGAGGAUGAAAGCCCUCUGGUCGUGGAUUCCUUGCUGGAGGAGGGGCUGGAGCAGCUCCUGGAGCAGGCUGACCGCCUGCACAGCGGGGACGAGCAGGACAGGAGAGAAGGGUUCCAGCUACUCCUCAACAACAAGCUGGUGUACGCGGGGCAGCGGGAGUUCCUGUGGCGCCUGGCGCGGGCGCACUGCGACAUGUGGGAGCUGACGGAGGACGAGGACGAGAGGAGAUCCUACGCCACCGGGGGGAAGGAGGAGCUGGAGCUUGCCUGGCAGAAAUGGGAUCAAAGUGCUGAGUGCCACCAGUGGUUUGCCAUGCUUUGUGGGCAGGAGUCGGAAAAGGAGAGCAUUUCCAAGCGCAUCCAGGCUGGAUAUGUUUUCAAGGAACACAUUGAAAAAGCCAUCGCCCUGAAGCCACAGGACCCACAGCUCUACUAUCUCCUGGGCAGGUGGUGCUACAAGGUUGCCCACCUGGGCUGGCUGGAGAAGAGGACGGUGUCGGCGCUGUUCGAGACCCCCCCGACGGCCACGGUGCAGGACGCGCUCCAGAACUUCCUGCGGGUCGAGGAGCUGAGCCCAGGGUUUUCCAAAGCAGGAAGAGUUUGCAUUGCCAAGUGUUACAGGGACCUCGGGAAUGUCUCGGCGGCCAUGCUGUGGAUGGACCUCGCCUCGGAGCUGCCAGGGAACACCAAAGAGGAUGUAGAAAGCGAGAAGGAGCUUGAGGAGAUGCGCUCGCUCUGGGAGGACUAAUUUUGGAAAUACUCAUCCCACUCCAGAGACAGUAAAAUUCCAAAUGAUCCUGACAAUUCCAAGCACACUUCGUGGACAAGCAACAAGAGCUUACAGGAAAACACCCAGCAGCACACCCAGGAAAACAUCUUGGGAUAAAAUCGUGAUUUAUUUUCCUUUGUGCAGCACUGCAUGUGUUUGAUUUUAGGAUCCCUAAAAAUGUUACAUUCCUGAAAAAAGGGGGGAAUUUGGGGAUUUAUAGGUGGAGUUUGUGAUACAAAAAUAUUUGUGGUUAUAU